AUGGAGAUUGUCCAGGAAAAGAUUGAUCUAUUGCUAAAAAUUGGACUAGGGUCUUUUGGAAAAGCCGAUUUUUCUCUUGCUAAAUACACUUGCAUCGCGUUGCAACGUCUUGAUGGAAGUAAGACUAAAGUAGAAG